AUGUACCUGAGCCUUGUAGUUCGUACUCGUAGGCAGCUGAAAAUUUCUAGCAUGUCUGCGUGCUGUCUACCUUGUCGGAGCGUGCUUUUUCGCCAAUGGGAGAUGCCAGCUUCGCAUCUCAACAUCAUCUCCAUCUGCCACGCAUACGGUGUCCUUCUGUGGUUCCUGCUUAUUGGCGUAGUAACUUUUCAAC